AUGGAGCGGCGCGCGUGGCUGCUCUUCUUCCUGGCCUCGGCGGGGGGGCCGCUCUUGGCGCGCGCGCUGCCCUCCAAGGCGUCGCGCGGCGUCGCCGUCCCUUUUGUCUUCGACCCGCACGCCGUCUGCAGCCCGCCUUGCCAGCACGGGGGCCUCUGCAUCCGGAAUAGCACCUGCUUCUGCUCCAAGGGCUACGAGGGCGAGCGCUGCCAGUAUGCAAUUUGUUACCCAAAAUGUAAAAAUGGUGGGAAGUGUCUCAGACCUGGAAAAUGCAGGUGCCAGCCUGGCUACGGAGGAAGAUAUUGUCAUAAAGUAAGCUGUGAGGGAGGAUGUCAAAACGGCGGGGAAUGCAUCUCUGUCAGCGGGGUGGUAAAGUGCCUUUGUGCUUCAGGCUGGACAGGAUCAAGAUGCCAAGAAGCGGUUUGUCCACAGGGGUGUCGGAACGGAGCAGCUUGCGUGGCUCCUGGAAUCUGCAGCUGUGCAACUGGAUGGGUUGGUGGGGCGUGUCAUAUAGCAUUGUGUAGGCUGCCUUGUCACCACGGAGGCAAAUGUAUCGCUCCAGAUGUGUGCAGAUGCCGUUCACCAUACUCUGGUAGGCAGUGUACAAAGAAAAUGAAGCAGUGAAACAACCUCUCCAAAGAUGACUUCUGUUAUCUUAAUGAAUAAACGUUGGGAGAAAGAAGAAUGUUUGCUUUAUGGUUAUUUCUUCUUCAUUCUUUUUGUUAAUCUGGUUGUAUGUUUAAUGAAAGCUCUCCUAUACUAAAGGGCAUUUUUAAAAAGAAUUUCCUGAAAGUAUCAAAGCAGUUGAAUGUGUUUCAAACUAUGUGUGAAUGUGGAGAAUUUGGAUGCAUGUGGGUACUCAU